AUGAACAUACACCAUGGUGGCAUAGGUUCAAUAUCCAAAAAGAAAUUCAAAAAGUCUAUUCCUCCAGUUAUCAAAGACAAAAACUGUCCGAAACGUCCUAGGAACUCGUACAUCUUUUUCACUUUAAUGAAAAGGGACGACAUCAAGAAGAAACAUCCCGAAUUCAAGCCAACAGAAAUCACAAAAAUGCUGGGUGAAGAAUGGCAAAAGCUGUCUGAAUCAGAAAAGGAGUCAUAUGGAAACAUGGCAGAGAAUGACAAGAGGCGCUACCAGAACGAAAUGGAGGCAUACGACGCUUCAAAUAUUGGAGUAAAUCCUAUGCCUGGUGGCGGCGGACCUAAUCUUAUUGACAUGGGUUGGAGAAUGUAA